AGCGCCUAUUCCGCGUUAUCAAACCAACUAAUGUUGAUAUUCACGGCGAGUACGCAGUGCAGUGCCGGCACCGGACGAGUUGCGACAGGAUGUUGUCGAUGGAGCAAUUGUCGCUAACAGUGAAGGAGCAUCUCGAUCAGAUACAGAUAAGCAAAUUUAUAAACCAUUCCAAUAAAUGGACCAUUCGCCAGUCCGAUGUUAGCGGACGCGGUCUUUUCGCUACGGAAGAUAUAAGGGCAGGUGAAGUGCUAUUUGUGGAUCAUCCACUUGUUUACGGUCCACGAUCCGGAACUAUCAUUCAAAGAGGUUGUACUAUUUGCGGCAAAAUCGAUAGUGAUACACUUUUUCGAUGUACAAAAUGUGGUUUAGUAUUAUGUUCGCAACAGUGUUUAAGCAGUGAUGGCCAUUACGAUGACUGCAUACAGAUUUCUGCUUGGAGCAAUAAAGUCUCGACCGAAGAUGUGGACGAAAACCUUUUAUCGAGAUGUUUGGCAGCCAUAAGAACUUUGUCCUUAAAUGAAGAUAAAAAGCAACUAUUACAAUCUCUACAGUCACACACUUUACCACAACACGGAAGUGAAAUAAGAGAUUUGGUGAAGUAUUUUGACAUUUCCCCCGAAGAUGAACAAUUAAUGACACUGGCUGUUUGCAUUCUUGAUGCAAAUGCAUUUCAAAUAGCGACUCCUUAUGGCAGUAGCGAAAUGAGUAUGCGUGGCCUGUACCCUGUAUCAUCGCUAAUGAAUCAUAACUGUGUACCGAAUACGAAACACAGUUUUAAUCGUGAUUACUACAUGGUUAUCAAAUCCGUAAAAGCCAUUCCCGCUGGGACUGAACUUACUACAUGCUACUCCGGCUUGUUGUGGGGAACUCCGGCUAGACGACUGCAUUUAUUUAAAACAAAACACUUUUGGUGUAAAUGUGAGCGUUGCGCUGAUCCGACCGAGAGAGGCACAUUCUUGGGGGCUCUUAAAUGUUUUGAAUCAAGUUGCACUGGCUCUCUUCUUCCGGUGGACCCGCUCAAAGCAACAUCAGCCUGGCACUGUUUGAGUUGCGAAUUGAGAGUUCCUAAUAGUAAUAUUUGUGCCAUACAAAGUGCUCUUGGCAGUUUACUUGGAUCUUUAGACUUCGAAAACGUUGGAGAUUUAGAAAAGUUCGUUUUGAACAGGUUAUUUAAAUAUGUUCCAAAAACAAACCAAAUUGCAGUAGAUUUGCAAUGUCGUAUCAUAUGGGAAUUUGGAGAAAAGGAUGGAUUUAGGUGGCAUGAGCUAUCGGAAGCGCGGUUGUCGCUGAAAGAGAGCCUCUGCCGCAGCACGCUGCGCACGUUGGCGGCGCUUGGGCUCGGAGACGCCCACUUGCGGGGCCUGCUGCUGUACCACCUGCAUGCUUCGCUAGCGGAACGCGCCCGACGCUGCCCUGAGUUAUACGAAGACCUCAAGAUUGAAAUUGAGAGCACAAUCGAACAAGCUUAUCAUAUUCUUCAAGACGAUAUAUCCUCACCCCCAGACUUAGAACUUCGGCACCAAUAUCUUGGGCCAGGGUGUGAAAAACCUCACGAAGAACGAUUUUUAAUUCUAGAUUCAUCAAGACCGAAUUAAUAUUAUAUAUGUACCUAGAUUUUGUAAAUAUAAUUUAUAUCGUAGAUUUUUAGUCGAAAAUAGUAAAUGUACACGAACUGAAUUUUUAUAUUAAUAAAAUUCUAUUAUAUUGCAUUUA